UAUUUUGAGGAGAAGGAAAGCAAAGAAGCACAAGUUAGUGCGGCGCGCUAGCAGCGCGAGCGGAUUUGGCCGGUGGCGGCGUGGUGCUGACGUUGCGGCUCGCGCUGGGCGCAUAUAGACACCGCGCUGUGCAGGGCCCGUCACUCUGCCUGCCUCCGUCACUGACUGCGUGUGCUGCCCGCUCCUUGUCUCGCUCUCUGUCUCCGCAUCACCAUGGCCGACACUGCCGCCGACACUCCAGCUGCGUCUUCUGCUCCUGCCGCCAGCAAGAAAGCCGCCGCCAAGACCAAGAAGCCAGCCAAACCGUCGGAACACCCGAAAUACAACGUCAUGAUUGCAGCAGCCAUCGACACCCUGAAAGAACGGGGUGGCUCGUCACGACAGGCCAUCCUCAAGUACAUCCAGGCCAACUACAAAGUGGGCGACGAGGUGGCCAAGAUCAACGCUCGCCUCAAGACCGCCCUGAAAGCUGGCGUCAAGGUCGGGACCCUCAAGCAAGUCGAAGGGGACUGGGCGUCCGGUUCCUUCCGUCUGGGUGAGAAGAAAGUCGUCGCCGCACCCAAGCCCAAAAAAGCCAAGAAGCCCAAAGCUGCUGCGAUAAAAAAGCCCAAGGCUUCUCCCAAGAAGGCCGCCGCCAAAAAGCCCAAGGCUUCUCCCAAGAAGGUUGCUGUCAAGAAACCCAAAGCUGCUGCUGCUGCCAAGAAACAGGGUUCCCAGGUCCUUGCAAGGUCCCUGGGAACCCUGAAGAAAGCCAAGUCUCCCAAGAAGGCAGCUGCCAAGCCCAAGACUGCCAAGCCUGCUGCAGCCAAGAAGCCCAAGGCCGCCAAACCAGCUGCAAAGAAAGCAGCCAAAAGCCCGGCCAAGAAGGCAGCCAAAGGGAAGGCCAAGGCUUAAACUUCAUGUCACAACUAUUCCAAAUACUUGAUCACAGGUCCUUUUCAGGACCACC